UCUCUGCCUGAUCUCACCUGUCAGGGGCAAACUCCACAGGCUGCAAAAACAAAACUGCCUCAAUACUUAAAUCCCGACUGUGAAACCAAACAGAGAACAGUGUGAUGGAGUCUCCGCUGAAGGAUUCUCCCGUCAGAGCAGGUUUUCACAGACUGGAGAUCCAGGAAACGACGUGGGAUGUCCCGGAGAGGUACGAGACGCUGCGCGCCGUGGGCUCCGGAGCUUACGGGACAGUCUGCUCUGCCACGGACCAGAAGACCAAGGAGAAGGUGGCCAUCAAGAAGCUGCAUCGGCCUUUCCAGUCCCUCAUCCAUGCUAAACGGGCCUAUAGGGAACUCAGGCUGCUCCGCCACAUCCAGCAUGAAAAUGUGAUCUGUCUCCUUGACGUCUUCACACCAGAUUCCACACUGGAAAGAUUCACAACCUUUUACCUAGUAAUGCCAUUAGUAGCCCAAGACCUGAGCCACAUUAUGAAGAGGAGAAGAUUAACUGUUCGCAUCAUCACAUACCUGUUCUACCAGCUUCUAAGAGGACUCAAGUAUAUUCACUCUGCAGGCAUCAUUCAUCGGGAUCUGAAGCCUGGUAACCUCGCUGUGAAUGAAAACUGUGAAUUAAAGAUCCUGGAUUUUGGCUUGGCGAGACAGACAGAGAGUGAGAUGACUGGUUAUGUGGUAACACGCUGGUACAGAGCACCAGAGAUCAUAUUCAACUGGAUGCACUACAGUCAGACAGUGGAUGUCUGGUCAGCCGCCUGUAUCCUGGCAGAGAUGAUUACUGGCCAGGUACUUUUCCCGGGACACGACAGUAUCGAUCAGUUGAAAAAGAUCCUUCGCCUGACAGGAACACCAGACUCCUCCCUGGUUCAGAAGAUGCAGAGUAAAGACGCGCAGUCAUAUGUGCAAGGUCUCCCUCCACAAAAGAAGAAAAACUUCAAGGAUGUGUUUCCGUCCAUGGAGGAAAAUGCUGUCGACCUGCUGGAGGGGAUGCUGCUGCUGGAUCCAGAGACGAGGCUGACAGCGAAGCAGGCUCUCCCCCACCCCUUCCUGGCUGAAUACCAUGACCCAGAGAGUGAGACGGACUCUGAGCCUUAUGAUGACUCCUUCGAGAGCCUGGAGCUGGCUGUUGGUGAAUGGAAGAGUCUUAUCCACAUGGAGAUCAUGACCUUCGAUCCUGACAACCCCAGUAAAACAGCUAUGUAGGAUGCUGUGAUGUUUGGUUUAAUAUCCACACAUGAGGUAAAGGUCAACGAUUCAGUGAAACAAAUACAAAUAAAAGAACAUUAAAUAUAUCCUGUCCUGUUUUGUGCAUCUGACAUGUAUGUGCAGUUGAUAAAGUUGAUCGUAGCAAUAAUGGCUUGAUGAAUUAUUGAAUCUGUUUUACCAAAAGAAUGUAAACUUUGAUAUAAAAUUAUUUUCAUGAA